UAAAUAAUUGACGCAGAAAUGGCUGGAAGUCCAAGAAAAGGAAGCCCAAGAAAAGGAAGCCCAAGAAAAGGAAGUCCAAGGAAACCAUCCUCAAGAGCUGCUAGCCCUAAAAGAGGUGGAAGCCCCAAAAGAGGUCGAAGUCCAGCGAGAAAAGGAAAGGCGAUUAAGAAAGCUGGCAAGAGAAAAACAAGCAAGAAAGCCACAGGCAAGAGGCGAAGAAGUCGAAGGGAGAGUUAUGGUAUGUACAUCUACAAAGUUUUGAAACAAGUUCAUCCUGAUGUCGGAAUUUCAAGUAAAGCGAUGAGCAUCAUGAAUUCUUUCGUCAAUGACAUCUUUGAAAGAUUAGCAGGCGAAGCUUCCAAACUUGCUCAUCACAACAAACUACGAACCAUCUCUUCUCGUGAGGUACAAACUUCAGUUCGCUUGUUGUUGCCUGGUGAACUUGCCAAACACGCUGUGAGUGAAGGAACAAAAGCUGUUACCAAGUACACAAGUUCCAGAUAAACAACUCUUUGCAACAAAACGGCUUUUUUUAAAGCCACAAUUUUGAUAAAAUUCAUUAUGUUGGCUUUAUAGGACCAACGGUCCUUUUGGGUUCUAUUUGUCUUUUUCUAAAAACUACGUAUGUUUGAAAAUAGUCAGGCAGAACGAUUUUCGAUAGGGUGACCACUCUGUCUGGACUUUU